AUGCCGCCAACACUUAUCCUCAUUCGCCACGCGCAGGCGCUGCACAAUGCCACCAGCGACUGGUCAAUCCACGAUCCCCCGCUGACUGAUCUCGGCCGUCAACAAAGUGCUGAACUACAUGAGAGCCUGAAAGCCAACGACCUCGCCAACAAAACCGACCUCAUCGUUGUCAGCCCCAUGCGCCGCACCCUGGAAACCAUGACCAUCGGCCUCGACUGGCUGAUCAAAAAGGGCGUCCCCGUCCACCCUGACGCUAACUGGCACGAGAACGCCGACAAGCCCUGCGACACCGGCAACACCAUGGACGUCAUCGGGAAGGAGUACCCCCAAUACGACUUCUCCGGCGUCGACCCGCUGUACCCCGACAAAACCACCAACUUGGCCACCAACCCCUACGCAUUCACCCAGAAAGCCAUCGUCGCCCGCGGCCAAACCUGCCUCAAGGACCUGUACUCCCGGCCCGAGAAAGUCAUCGCCGUCGUGUCCCACUCGGGCUUCCUCCGCACCGCCGUCUGCGAGCGCUCGUUCUUCAACGCCGACUGGCGCGUGUUCGACUUCGACGACGUCGAGUCGCAGAAGCAGGGCAAGUUUGUGCUGAAGGAGUGGGAGCUGACGGAGAAGAAGGGCGGUGGUAUGGGGAGAAGCGAUGUUGGUGUUUUCGGCAUCGUGGACGGGGAUUUUCCGCCUGAGACGGAGGACGUCAAGACGCAGCCGCAGCUUGGGGAGGUGGGCGAGGCGAGCAAGCAGGUGCCGGAGAAGAAGAGUGCGUAG